AUGAACAGUGGAAUAUCUCAUCAUGACUUUGUCCACAUGGUCUUGUCUCCCUUCCGCAUGCUCUGCAGUGGCGUGUCAUCCAAUAUGUGUACCCCAACUGCCAAUGAUGGAAUGCCUUUGUAUGUUUCAAAGGGAUUGGACUUUGCCAAAUGGGCAGACAAGCAGAAUCUUGUGGUCCAGGGCUUGCUCUUCUUGUUGGUUGCUACCAUCUGCAUGGCCUGUUUUGCUGUGGAAGCUUCCUUUGGUCCCAAUCUUGCCCCAUUGGCCAUGUUGGUUGCUGCAGUCUUUUGGUACAAGCAGAAUGGUAUCUGGAAGGAGAAGCAGGUUUGA